AUGGCGAUGCCGGCUUUAACGCUGGGACGCCAGGCAAUGCGCCGGCUAUUUGGAGCCGAAGGAUAUCGCCUACUCCGUUCAGGCGAGCUGGAGCUAGCUGGGGGGGCGCUUCCGUCUCUGGCUUCACGUGGAAGGCCCUUUCACUCGUCUAUUUGCAAUGCUUCGUUUAUUUUAAAUACUAAUUUACAUGUUUGCUAUGCGGGUGUACGCGGCUCGCGGCACUUUUCGAAAAAGGUACCUACCGGUUUCGGUAGGUUUGCGGGCCGUGGAGGGAGUUCCGACACCGGUGCUUCGGAGGACCAAGCUGAUAGUGGACCAUCGAGUGGUACCAAAAAACCCGAAGGCAAGAUGGGCAACUAUCCAGGCAAGCCUACGGAUCCUAAUGGCUCGAAAAACGAUGGCAACAGCCCGUUUGCGGCACUGUGUGCAGCGCCGUUCAGGUUGUUGUUUUACGGACUGUUGGCGCUAGGGUCCCUCAAAUUUUUUUACUCCAGCGAUCUCCCUAACGAGAUAACGAUGCAGGAAUUCUUAAAGAAGUACUUGAUGCGCGGUCUCGUUGAUAACAUAGUGAUCGUGAACGGCAAGAUCUGUCGUUGUUUGCUGCGGAGUGAUUCCAAGACGGAGCGUAAGGUGGUGACCUUCCGCAUACAAUCCGUUGACUCAGCGGAACGGAAAUUGGACGAAAUACAGAGGUCGUUAGGUGUGCGCCCCGAAGACUUCAUCCCUGUCAAGCAUGUUGAGGAAGUCGAGUGGUUACGUGUGCUGAAGUAUGCGAUCGCCGUUGGGAUUCCUGUCGUCUCUAUGGCAUUAAUUGCUUGGAGGAUAUUGUCCAGCAGUCAAUACAUUGACCGCAUACACCGUAUGCGGAAUCUCAACUUGACCAAUGCCAAGGACAUCAAGGUUGGCGUGCGUUUCAAGGACGUGGCUGGUAUGCACGAAGCCAAGCGCGAGAUCAGCGAGUUUGUGGAUUAUCUGAAGAACCCGAAGUCUUACGAGCAAUACGGCGCCAAGAUUCCCAAGGGGGCGUUGCUGUGCGGUGCUCCGGGUACCGGCAAGACUCUGCUAGCUAAGGCGGUCGCUGGGGAGGCGAAUGUACCGUUCUACUUCAUUUCUGGCAGCGAUUUCGUCGAAAUAUACGUCGGAGUUGGCCCUUCUAGGGUGCGCAGUUUGUUCCAGAAGGCCCGCGAAAAUGCGCCUUCCAUUGUGUUCAUCGACGAGAUUGACGCCGUGGGCAAAAGGCGUGGGGGAAAAAAUGGCACCGGCAGCCACGAUGAACGAGACAGCACGCUGAACCAAAUUCUGGUUGAGAUGGACGGUUUCAAGGCGAGCAGCGGCGUGAUCGUGCUGGCCGGCACCAACCGCCAUGAAAUCCUAGACCCCGCGCUCGUGCGGCCCGGGCGUUUCGAUCGCAUUAUCACCAUUAAUAGCCCGGACCUGGACGAGCGUUACGAGAUUUUCAAGGUGCACUUAGCUCCGCUGAAGUUGAACAAGCUGCUAGAUGUGGACGACCUGGCCCGCCGUUUGGCUGCGCUAACACCAAGCUUCGUGGGUGCGCAGAUCGCUAAUGUUGCUAACGAGGCUGCCCUCCAGGCUGCGCGGCGCAAUUCGACGGACGGCGUGGAAUUGGUGGACUUCGAGGCCUCCAUUGAACGCGUCAUCGCCGGUCUGCGUCGCAGCAACCAGCUGCUCUCCCCCGAACAGAAGUUGGUGGUGGCAUACCACGAGGUCGGCCACGCGCUGGUGGGGUGGUGGCUGGAGCACGCUGAUCCCGUGCUCAAGGUGUCCAUAAUACCUCGUAGCAGCGGUUCUUUGGGGUACUCUCAGCAGAUUGCCGAUGAGACGCCGCUGUUCAGCCGCGAGGCGUUGCUGGACAGGAUCGCAGUGAUUUUGGGUGGUCGUGCGUCGGAGGAGAUUUUCGUUGGGCGUAUCACCACAGGUGCGACUGACGACCUGAACAAGGUCACUCGAAUGUGCUACGCCUUCGUCUCGAAGUGGGGCAUGAACCCCGCAUUGGGCCUGGUGUCGUACCAGCGAGAUGGUGACGAGGGGCCCGGGUUCUACCGCGCGUACUCGGAGAGCACUGCACAACUUAUCGACCAGGAAGUGCGCAGCAUUAUCGAGGGACAGUACGCUCGCGUCAAAGCGCUGCUGGGCGAGAAGGCUGAACUGGUGCACAAGCUGGCAAGGCUGCUCUUCGAGCGUGAGAGUUUAAGCUACCAGGACAUUGCAUCUUGCGUGGGCGAGCGCCAGUUCCCCAUGCAGGAGAGGCUGAGGCCGUACGUCCUCGGCAGUAUAUCGGACGUGCCGGAGCUCCCUCGGCUUCCUGAUGCAGAGCCAGCAACGCCGCCGGGCGACGGUAACACCGGACUUGUCUCGGAGGGAUCCCUCUGA